CGCUCCUCUCUUCAGAUCAGCAGAAUCUGUUCAUCUCGAGACGGACAAGAUGGCGAAGUGAGUGGGUUGCGCUUUGAAAAGAAAGCAGCGACUCACACAAUUCUUUCAACGUUAAAACGUCGGUUGACUUGAUGUACGGUCGAAUAAGCUGGAAAGCCCGUCUUUAAGAAGAAAAGUUGCCCCUCAAAGCGAGGUGUUUUGAAGAGAGCGUCGAGGACACCGACUCCUCAGUGUCCUUUCAGGCUAAGCUGCUAGUCAGCUAAUCUGGGAAUUGCUUAAGAGGAAAAAAGCUUCAGGGGAAGUAGUAUUGUUUUUUUUUUACUUAAAUGUCGAGACAACUAAUCUUCUCUUGAAACCAAUGUCCGUUAUUAUCUUAAUUUCGUCGUGAGUUGUUCAGGACACAGCUAGUGAGGAAGAACCGAUUUUAGGCUAGCUAGCAUUGUUUCUACUGGACUGAAGAAGAGAGAGCAGCCUGAAAACCUCACCCGUUCACACAGUUUCAGAGUACUUCUCGGAUUUUAGGACAUGGCCAGCAGCAGUGGCUCUAAAGCCGAGUUCAUAGUCGGUGGGAAAUACAAGCUGGUUCGGAAAAUCGGAUCUGGAUCCUUUGGUGACAUUUAUUUGGCAAUCAACAUCACAAAUGGAGAGGAGGUAGCUGUGAAAUUGGAGUCACAGAAAGCCAGACACCCUCAACUUCUGUAUGAAAGCAAGUUGUACAAAAUUCUCCAGGGAGGAGUCGGAAUCCCACACAUCAGGUGGUAUGGCCAAGAAAAGGACUAUAAUGUUCUAGUGAUGGACCUGCUGGGGCCAAGUCUGGAGGAUCUCUUUAACUUCUGUUCCCGCAGAUUCACAAUGAAAACGGUCCUAAUGCUUGCAGAUCAGAUGAUCAGCAGAAUCGAGUAUGUGCACACAAAAAAUUUCAUCCACCGAGAUAUCAAGCCAGACAACUUUUUAAUGGGUAUUGGCCGCCACUGUAAUAAGUGUUUAGAAUCUCCAGUGGGGAAGAGGAAAAGAAGCUUGGCUGUUAGUUCUUCUCAAGACCCAUCUUUCUCAGGAUUAAACCAGUUGUUCCUCAUCGACUUUGGUCUGGCCAAGAAAUAUCGAGACAACAGGACACGACAGCACAUACCGUACAGAGAAGACAAAAAUCUUACAGGCACAGCUCGCUAUGCCAGCAUCAACGCACACUUAGGCAUCGAGCAGAGUCGUCGAGAUGACAUGGAGUCACUAGGAUACGUGCUGAUGUACUUCAACAGAACCAGCCUGCCAUGGCAGGGACUAAAGGCUGCCACAAAGAAACAGAAGUAUGAGAAGAUUAGUGAGAAAAAGAUGUCGACUCCUGUCGAGGUCUUGUGUAAGGGGUUCCCAGCAGAGUUUGCCAUGUACCUGAACUACUGUCGUGGGUUGCGGUUUGAAGAGGCACCUGACUACAUGUACCUGCGUCAGCUUUUCCGCAUUCUUUUCAGGACUCUGAACCACCAGUAUGACUACACAUUUGACUGGACCAUGCUGAAGCAGAAAGCAGCACAGCAAGCAGCCUCCUCAGGGGGACAGGGGCAACCGGCACAAACCCCCACAGGCAAGCAAACUGACAAACCCAAGAGUAACAUGAAAGGUUUCUAAGCAUUAAGACAAUGUAAUGAAGCAGAGCAGAGUGGUCGUAGCAGGAUUUGCCUUCCAAUCACACCCCGGCAUCUAGGAUCAAAUUCACCAGAACCUGCCAGGCACUGUGGGCAACCUUUUUCCUGUUAAAGAACUUUUGUUCCAUAUACUAUAUAUGUAAUCGGUAUAUAUAGAUAAGAUGCUCUGCAUAAAUCUAUAUAUUGGUAUGUAUAUACUAUAUCCACACAGAGAGCAGGCUUGGUUUGGAGUUGGAAGCUGUAGCCUUUUCUAUUGUCCUGUCCCUUAAGACUUUUUUCCCCUCCUCCUAUGAAACUGCAAACUGUAGAAAAUGGGGAUAUAAUUGUGCACUUGCCAAUAUUUUCCCGAGUUUUCUCCUUCAGGAAAGCUGUUUGGGGUCCUUCCUGAAUUCUUGGUUGCCCAUCAGAGCAGUUUUGGCCCCUCAGUCCCUUCUCAUCGUCCUCUCGUCACCAAGCGUGGCACGAACCCAGACACUCUUGUCAGAAUGGAGACAUCUGAGACACACUUUCAUCCUUCAAUAUUUUUUCUUCCUUUACCCGAGCAAAUUGAAACAUCUGAGAUUCAAGUUUUUUAAUUUUAUUUUUUAU